AUGUCUCAAGCAGCGAUAGAGACGCCUUCCUCUUGGGCGGAUGCAGAGAAUGAUUUGCCAGCAACUCAAGUGACUGAAAAUGCUGAUGGAACGAAGACCAUCAUUUCUUACAAGAUCAACGAUCAGGGCAAGAAAGUGAAAGUGACACAAAAAGUUAAGCUGGUCACUGUUAAGGAGACUGUGGACCCAGCUAUUGCUGCCAGGAGAAAAUGGGCCAAGUAUGGAGACGAGCAAGAUAACCCUACUGUGGGGCCGGACGAUAAAACCACGCAAUUUGGAGAAGAAGUUCAGUUGAUUUUGGGAACAUCUUGGAAGGAAGAUGCGCAAAAGGAGGCCGAGAACAGAAAGAAAGAAAUGGCCAAAAGCAAACCACAAACCAUCACUUGUAGAACGUGUCAAGGUGAUCAUUUCACGUCCAAAUGUCCUUACAAAGAUACGCUGGGAGCUGCCGAUGCUACGACCACUACUCCACAGGCAUCCGCCACCGCCACUCCGGAGCCAUCCAUGGCAGCUGUUGCGGGCUCCGGCCCAGUGCGGUACGUGCCUCCUCAUCUCAGGAAGAGGGCCGGUGGUGCUGCCCCAGAGACUGAACGCAAGGAUCGUGACGAUUCUACAACAUUGAGAGUUACCAGUUUGAACGAGCAAGUCGAUGAAAUGAUGCUGCGUGAGGUGUUUGAGAGAUAUGGUAUCAUCAAAAGAGCUACUGUGCUCAGAGACAGAGAAACAAGAAGAUCCAAGGGUAUUGCAUUUGUGGAGUUUGAGAAUGUUAAUGAUGCUCAAAGAGCUUUGGAGGGUCUCAACGGUAGAGGUUUCAUGAACUUGAUUAUGAAGGUGGACUGGUCGAAGCCAAGAAAAACCUAG